AUUCUGCACUCGUGGUCGCCGCCGACGGGGCUCGUCGUCAGUCUAGAGAGUAAUAUCGACACGAAAAGAAAUUAUACCGAUUCGGGUGACCGAGGGAAAUCCCAGAACAAUUGAAUUCAAACGUCGCUGCGAUAUAAAUUCCGAUUUGGAGGCGCUGCGGUCGUUGCGUUAACCAAACGAAAUGGCUGAGGCGGAGGGAGGCUCCGAGCAGGAUGAUGUUUCAUUCCUGAGAACGGAGGACAUGGUCACGCUCUCCUGCACGGCGACGGGGGAGCGUGUCUGCUUGGCCGCCGAGGGAUUUGGCAACCGGCACUGCUUCCUCGAGAACAUUGCCGACAAGAACGUGCCACCGGAUCUCUCGCAGUGUGUCUUCGUCAUAGAACAGGCGCUGUCCGUGCGAGCGUUGCAGGAGUUGGUGACGGCGGCCGGAUCCGAGACUGAUAGUCGACUUGGCAAAGGCACCGGAUCGGGACACAGGACAUUGCUCUACGGCAAUGCCAUUUUGUUGCGCCAUCACAACAGUGAUAUGUACUUGGCCUGUCUAUCCACCUCCUCGUCGAACGACAAGCUGUCCUUCGACGUGGGCCUGCAGGAGCACAGCCAGGGAGAGGCCUGUUGGUGGACGGUUCAUCCGGCGAGCAAGCAGCGCUCCGAGGGCGAGAAGGUGCGCGUCGGUGAUGACCUGAUCCUGGUGUCGGUGGCCACCGAACGUUAUUUGCAUACCACCAAGGAGAACGAGCAGUCUAUUGUAAACGCCAGCUUCCACGUGACCCACUGGUCCGUGCAGCCCUACGGCACGGGCAUUUCUAGGAUGAAGUACGUGGGCUACGUCUUUGGCGGCGAUGUGCUGCGCUUCUUCCAUGGUGGCGACGAGUGCCUGACCAUACCGAGUACAUGGGGUCGUGAGGCGGGACAAAAUAUUGUUAUUUACGAGGGCGGCGUGGUCAUGGCACAGGCGAGGUCCCUGUGGCGCCUGGAACUCGCACGAACCAAGUGGACUGGUGGCUUCAUCAACUGGUACCACCCGAUGCGCAUUCGCCACAUAACCACUGGACGCUACUUAGGCGUCAACGACAGCAACGAACUGAUUCUGGUUAAGAAGGAGGAGGCUUCAAUUGCGACGACGACUUUCUGCCUGCGGCAGGAAAAGGACGACGAGAAGAAGGUGCUGGAGGACAAGGACCUAGAGGUGAUAGGCUCGCCGAUCAUCAAGUACGGCGACACCACUGUCAUCGUCCAGCACUGCGAGACUAGCUUGUGGCUCAGUUACAAGAGCUACGAGACCAAGAAGAAGGGCGUAGGAAAGGUGGAGGAGAAGCAGGCCAUCCUGCACGAAGAGGGCAAGAUGGACGAUUGUCUCGACUUUUCGCGCUCCCAGGAGGAGGAGUCGAAGACGGCGCGUGUCAUUCGCAAGUGCAGCAGCCUCUUCACCCAGUUUAUUACGGCCUUGGAAACACUGCAGUCAAAUCGCCGACACUCCAUUUUCUUCCAAAAGGUCAACCUCAACGAGAUGGUCAUGUGCCUGGAGGACUUGAUCAACUACUUUUCGCAACCCGAAGACGAUAUGGAGCACGAGGAGAAACAGAACCGCUUCCGUGCGCUGCGCAACCGACAGGAUCUGUUCCAGGAGGAGGGCGUGCUGAAUCUGAUCCUGGAGGCCAUUGACAAGAUCAACAUAAUCACCUCGCAGGGCUUCCUCGCCAGCUUCCUGGCCGGCGACGAGACCGGUCAGAGCUGGGAUCUCAUCUCCACCUAUCUUUACCAACUCCUGGCCGCCAUCAUCAAGGGCAACCACACGAACUGCGCCCAGUUCGCAAACAGCAACCGACUCAACUGGCUAUUCUCGCGUCUCGGUUCCCAGGCCUCCAGCGAGGGUUCCGGCAUGUUGGACGUACUCCACUGCGUGCUGAUCGAUUCGCCCGAGGCCCUGAACAUGAUGCGGGAUGAGCACAUCAAGGUGAUCAUUUCGCUGCUGGAGAAGCAUGGCAGGGACCCCAAGGUCCUGGACGUUCUGUGUUCCCUGUGCGUCGGUAAUGGAGUGGCGGUGCGAUCCUCCCAGAACAACAUUUGCGACUUUCUACUGCCAGGCAAGAACCUGUUGCUACAGACGCUCCUGGUGGACCAUGUGGCCAGCAUCCGACCGAACAUCUUCGUGGGUCGCGUGGACGGCUCUUCCAUGUACCAAAAGUGGUACUUCGAGGUGACCAUGGAUCACAUCGAACAGACCACGCACAUGAUGCCCCACCUGCGCAUCGGCUGGGCUAAUACUUCCGGGUAUGUACCGUAUCCAGGAGGCGGAAAGAAAUGGGGUGGCAAUGGAGUAGGCGAUGACCUGUAUUCCUUCGGAUUUGAUGGCGCCUAUCUGUGGACCGGAGGUCGCAGAACACUAGUGGUGGACGCGCUGCCCGAGGAGCCCUUUAUCCGGAAGGGUGAUGUUGUGGGCGUUGCCAUUGAUCUUUCUGUGCCCAUCAUCACGUUUACGUUUAACGGAGUAAAAGUGCGCGGAAGCUUUAGGGACUUCAACCUGGAUGGAAUGUUCUUUCCCGUAAUGAGCUGCUCAUCAAAGCUAAGCUGUCGUUUCCUUUUCGGAGGCGAUCAUGGUCGCUUAAAGUUUGCACCGCCCAUGGGAUUCUCUGCCCUAGUGCAGUGUCUCAUGCCGCAGCAGAUCCUCAGUCUGGACCCAUGCUUCUACUUUGGUAAUCUGAGCAAGAAUGUUUUGGCUGGUCCUUGGCUUAUUGAGGAUGACAAUGCUUUUGUUCCGAAACCCGUUGAUACCACGGGUGUGACAUUGCCCAGUUCUGUAGACCAAAUCAAGGAGAAGCUGGCGGAGAAUAUCCACGAAAUGUGGGCUCUGAACAAAAUCGAGGCGGGCUGGUCGUGGGGCGAGCACCGUGAUGACUACCACCGCAUUCAUCCCUGCCUCACCCAUUUCGAGAAGCUUCCGGCGGCGGAGAAGCGGUACGACAACCAACUGGCUGUGCAAACGCUGAAGACGAUUAUCUCGCUUGGAUACUACAUAACCAUGGACAAGCCACCAGCACGCAUUCGCCCCGUGCGCCUUCCCAACGAGAUAUUCAUGCAGGGCAACGGCUACAAGCCGGCUCCACUGGACCUAAGCGCCGUGACACUCACCCCGAAGUUGGAGGAACUCGUGGACCAGCUGGCCGAGAACACUCACAAUCUGUGGGCACGGGAGCGCAUCCAACAAGGUUGGACUUAUGGCCUGAACGAGGACAGCGAAAACCACAGGAGUCCACACUUGGUGCCCUAUGCCAAGGUGGACGAGGCUAUCAAGAAGGCCAACAGGGACACAGCGUCGGAGACAGUGCGAACGCUCCUGGUUUACGGAUAUGUGCUGGAUCCUCCCACGGGCGAGGGAACGGAGGCGCUCCUGGCCGAGGCACAGCGCCUCAAGUUCGCCGGAUUCCGGACGUACAGGGUGGAGCGCAACUACGCCGUGACAUCGGGCAAGUGGUACUUCGAAUUCGAGGUCCUCACCUCCGGACCUAUGCGAGUGGGUUGGGCCCGGGCUGAUUGCUAUCCGGGCGCGAUGCUGGGCAGCGAGGACACCAGUUGGGCCUUCGAUGGACACAAUGUGACCAAAAUGCACGCCGGAUCCAUUGAGCACUUCGGAGUGCGGUAUGAGGCUGGCGAUGUCAUUGGUUGUUUCAUCGAUGUCAAGGAGCAAACGAUCAGCUUCUCGCUGAACGGAGAACUCCUGAUGGACGCGCUGGGCGGCGAGACGACCUUUGCCGACGUCACCGCCGAGGGGGUGGGUUUCGUGCCCGCCUGCACCCUGGGCGUGGGCCAGAAGGCGCGCCUCAUCUACGGCCAGGACGUGGACUCCCUCAAGUUCUUCACCACCUGUGGCCUGCAAGAGGGAUACGAGCCCUUCUGCGUGAACAUGCGUCGACCGGUGACACACUGGUACACCAAGGACCAGCCCAUUUUCGAGAACACCGAGGAGAUGCCCGACUGCCGCAUCGAUGUCACUCGAAUUCCCGGCGGUGCUGACACCCCGCCGCACCUAAAGAUCUCGCACAACACCUUUGAGACCAUGGAGAAGGCCAACUGGGAGUUCCUGCGUCUUUCCCUGCCUGUGACCUGCAUGAGUGAGUUCAUAGGGGAGCAGGAGAAGGCCAGACGCUGGGACGAGAUUAAGAAUCGGCAGUACCGACUCAUGCGCGAGGCGGAGAUCGCCGCCCAAAUGCAGGUCCAGACACAGGCCGCCCACAUGGACCACAUGCUGAAAGGUGGCUUCAAUAUGAACGAUAUCAAGGGCUUGACCCGUAAUUUCGAUGAGCACGCGGAUGCAGAGGCAGACCACAUCAUGCGAGGACCAAACCGUCCGCCUCGCAAGGGUUCGCUCACCCGCAACAUCACCUUCGAAACAGACAUGUCCGCCGCCCUGGACGAAAUGCAGCGAUCCACGUCCGUGCUGGACAUGAACGGCCUGGGCGAGGAGAUGGACGACAAGAAGAAGCGCGGCCGCAGUCCCUUCAAGUUCUUCUCGAAGAAGUCGCGUGACCAGAGCCGCGAAAAGAUGGGCGCCCGCACCCUGGACACCUCUCUGGAGCGUCGAAAUACGGUGGCUCAUGGACGGAACGUGGUUAACCAGCAGAUGACCACACGCGCUCCUACUCUGCGGCUAAAUAAUGCCGAAAUCCCUCCCAGCCCUGUGCCCCAGGGACCAAAGCAGUUGAGUGGCUCGAAUCUUGGCCAGCAGCCGGUGGAAACUUCCGGUGACGAGAUGUUCGACGCCGAGUGCCUCAAGUUGAUCAACGAGUACUUCUAUGGAGUAAGAAUCUUUCCCGGUCAGGAUCCCACGCACGUGUACGUGGGUUGGGUGACCACGCAGUAUCACCUGCACAGCCGCGAGUUCAACAAGAACAAGGUUCGCCGUGGGUCAGUCUACAUCGAGGAUGACUACGAGAUGGCCAUCGAGCGGAUCGACCGGCAGAGUUGCUAUGUGGUGCGAGCGGACGAGCUCUUCAACGAGGUUACCCAGGAUGCCUCAGGCAAGGGUGCCUCCCAGGGUAUGUUCGUUGGCUGCUUCGUGGACACAGCCACCGGCAUCAUCCGCUUCACUUGCGAGGGCAAGGACACCUCUCACCGCUGGAUGAUGGAGCCAGACACUAAGCUCUUCCCCGCCAUUUUCGUAGAGGCCACCAGCAAGGAGAUCCUUCAGAUCGAGUUGGGACGUACCCCCACUACACUGCCCCUUUCAGCGGCGGUACUGCCCACCAGUGACAAGCAUAUAAAUCCACAGUCUCCGCCACGUCUGAAGGUCCAGUGCUUGCGUCCGCAUCAGUGGGCUAGAGUUCCAAAUACCGCACUUCAGGUGCACGCUCUGAAGCUAUCCGACGUGAGGGGCUGGUCCAUGUUAUGCGAGGACCCCGUGUCCAUGCUGGCCCUGCACAUACCAGAGGAGGAUCGCUGUAUAGAUAUCCUGGAGCUCAUCGAGAUGGACAAGCUUCUGUCCUUCCACGCCCACAGUCUAACGCUCUAUGCGGCUCUUUGUUACCAAUCCAAUUACAGAGCUGCCCAUGCCCUGUGCCAGCAUGUGGACCAGAAGCAGCUGCUCUACGCCAUCAGGUCGGAGUACAUGAGCGGACCAUUGCGACAGGGCUUUUACGACCUGCUGAUCGCCCUGCAUCUGGAGUCCCAUGCCACAACCAUGGAGGUGUGCAAGAACGAGUACAUCACACCGCUGGGAGCCGAGCUCAAGGAACUGUACUCCGAAGAGGAGAUGCAGCACUCACUGCGAUCCUUGGUUACGGAGUCAGUGCGUCCGCAGCUGCGGAUGACGGAGAUCACACCCCCUGUGAUUGCAACAUCUAGUAUGCCAAGUGUUUCCAGCGAACCGAUCCCCGACAUCGACCAAUUGUACUCCCCGAAGUUCCCCUUAGAAGUAGUCAGGCAGUUCGUCAUGGAGGCGCUGAAGGAUGCCGUCGAGAUCAAUCAGGUGCACAACCGCGAUCCCAUUGGCUGGACCAACGAGAACCUCUUCCUCCCUCUAAUCAAGCUCACAGACCGGCUACUCCUGGUCGGCGUCCUGACCGACGAAGAUGUCCAGCGGCUGUUGGUCAUGAUCGACCCGGAGACCUGGGACCAAGCCUUCGAGAGGGAGGGAAAGGAUGAGCACCGCAAGGGCUUGCUCACCAUGAAGAUGGCCGAGGGCGCUAAGCUCCAGAUGUGCUACCUGCUGCACCAUCUCUACGACACCCAACUGCGCCACCGAGUGGAGAGCAUCAUCGCGUUCUCCCACGACUUCGUGGGCGAUCUGCAGACCGAUCAGUUGCGACGUUAUAUCGAGAUCAAGCAAUCCGAUUUGCCCAGUGCUGUUGCGGCCAAAAAGACUAAAGAGUUCCGCUGUCCGCCGCGAGAGCAGAUGAACCAGAUUCUCUGCUUCAAGAACCUCGAAGCCGAUGACCAGGACAACUGCACCUGUGGCCUUGAGUUGCGCGGACGCCUGGGCGACUUUCACGACUCCCUCAUGCAAAAGGUGUCGCUCAACGCUCUCCAGGAGCCGGAUGGCGUCGAGGGCACAGCGAUCGAGGAGAUAAAGACAGGACCCAUCACGAAGAUCUACAACUUUAUCAACACCGUCAAAGAGCUGGAGGAGGGCCCCAAGGAGGUGGAGGAGCCGGAGAAGAAGACACCAGAGGAGGUGUUUCGCAAAGUGCUCAUUAAGACGAUCGUCAGCUGGGCCGAGGAGUCGCAGAUCGAGAAUCCCAAGCUGGUGCGCGAGAUGUUCAGUCUGCUGCUGCGGCAGUAUGACACAGUCGGAGAAUUGGUUCGCGCCCUGGAGAAGACGUACGUGAUAAACACCCGGGCCCGCGAGGACGUGGCAGAGAUGUGGGUGGGCCUCAGCCAAAUUCGCGCCCUGUUGCCCGUUCAGAUGAGCCAGGAAGAGGAGGAGCUGAUGCGCAAGCGGCUGUGGAAGCUGGUGAACAACGCCACCUUCUUCCAGCACCCGGACCUCAUACGCAUCCUGCGCGUCCACGAGAACGUGAUGGCAGUGAUGAUGAACACACUCGGGCGGCGGGCACAGGCUCAAAGUGAUGCGCCCACCCAGCCGGAAGGAGCCGAAGGAGCUCCAUCCAAGGAAAAGGACACCUCCCACGAAAUGGUGGUGGCUUGCUGCCGAUUCCUCUGCUACUUCUGCCGCACUGGCCGCCAAAACCAAAAGGCCAUGUUCGAUCAUUUCGACUUUCUACUGGACAACGCCAACAUCCUGCUGGCACGACCCAGUCUACGAGGAUCCACGCCCCUCGAUGUGGCAUACUCGAGUUUGAUGGAGAACACAGAAUUGGCUCUGGCCCUGAGGGAACACUAUCUGGAGAAGAUCGCCGUCUAUCUGUCGCGGUGCGGACUGCAGAGCAACUCGGAGCUCGUGGAGAAGGGCUAUCCGGAUUUGGGUUGGGAUCCCGUCGAAGGUGAGCGGUACCUGGACUUCCUGCGCUAUUGCGUUUGGGUCAACGGCGAGAGCGUCGAGGAGAAUGCAAACCUUGUCAUUCGACUUCUUAUCCGUCGUCCGGAAUGCUUGGGACCGGCUCUAAGAGGAGAAGGAGAAGGUCUGUUCCGCGCCAUCGUCGAGGCUAAUCGCAUGUCGGAGCGCAUCUCGGACCGCUGCAAGAUGCAGGACGAGGCCGAGGGCACGAUUGCCGGACUGAACUUCACACACCCUCUGCCGGAGGGCGAGGAGGACGAGGACUACAUCGAUACCGGAGCCGCCAUUCUGAACUUCUACUGCACCCUGGUGGACCUACUGGGCCGCUGUGCUCCGGACGCUUCGGUCAUCGAGCAGGGCAAGAACGAGUCCCUGAGGGCUAGAGCUAUUCUGAGAUCUCUGGUGCCACUGGAGGAUUUGCAGGGGGUGCUCAGCCUAAAGUUCACCCUCUCACAGACGGCGCCCGGCGAGGAGAAGCCCAAGUCGGACAUGCCGUCCGGCCUGCUGCCCAACAACAAGCAGAGCAUCGUGCUCUUCCUGGAGCGCGUCUACGGCAUCGAGGCCCAGGACCUCUUUUACCGCCUGCUGGAGGACGCCUUCCUGCCGGAUCUCCGCACUGCUACCAUUCUGGACAAGAGCGAUGGAUCCGAGAGCGACAUGGCACUGGCCAUGAACCGCUACAUCGGCAACUCGAUCCUUCCGCUGCUCAUCAAGCACUCCAAGUUCUACAACGAGGCCGAGAACUACGCCAGCCUCUUGGAUGCCACUUUGCACACGGUCUACCGGCUGUCCAAGAACCGUAUGCUGACCAAGGGGCAGCGCGAGGCUGUUUCCGACUUCCUGGUGGCCCUCACAUCCCAAAUGCAACCUGCCAUGCUGCUCAAGCUGCUGCGCAAGUUGACUGUGGAUGUGUCCAAGUUGUCCGAGUACACCACCGUGGCCCUCCGGCUUCUCACCCUGCACUUCGAUCGCUGCGCCAAGUACUACGGCUCAACUCAAGGCCAGGGCUCCUAUGGAGCCUCAUCGGACGAGGAGAAGCGCCUGACGAUGCUGCUGUUCUCGAACAUUUUUGACUCGCUCAGCAACAUGGACUAUGACCCGGAACUGUUCGGUAAAGCCCUGCCCUGCCUGAUCGCCAUCGGCUGCGCCCUGCCCCCGGACUACAGUCUGUCCAAGAACACGGACGAGGACUACUACGGCCGCCAGAUGGGUGCCCCGGAUCAGCCGCAGUACAUGCCCAAUCCGAUCGACACCAACAACGUGCAUCUGGACAACGACCUCAACUCGCUCGUCCAAAAGUUCAGCGAGCACUACCACGAUGCUUGGGCCAGUCGGCGGUUGGAAGGUGGCUGGACCUACGGAGACAUCCGAUCCGACAAUGAUCGCAAGCAUCCUCGCCUGAAGCCCUACAACAUGCUCAGUGAAUAUGAACGCGAGCGGUACCGGGAUCCGGUGCGGGAGUGCCUGAAGGGUCUGCUGGCCAUUGGCUGGACCGUGGAGCACUCCGAGGUGGAGGUGCCGUUGAAUCACCGCGGAUCGACGCGACGUCAGUCGAAGCCCCAAAUUAACGAAUUCCAGAACGAGGGCAGCCCGUUCAACUACAACCCGCACCCGGUGGACAUGAGCAACCUGACCCUGAGCAGGGAGAUGCAGAACAUGGCCGAGCGCCUGGCGGAGAACUCCCACGACAUCUGGGCCAAGAAGAAGAACGAGGAGCUGAACGGUUGCGGUGGCGUCAUCCAUCCACAACUGGUGCCAUACGAUCUUCUGACCGACAAGGAGAAGAAGAAGGAUCGUGAGCGCUCGCAGGAGUUCCUCAAGUAUAUGCAGUACCAGGGCUACAAGCUGCACAAGCCAUCAAAGGGAGGAGCUGUGGAAGAAGGAGGAGCCACUCAGGCUGCCGUUGAACUGCGCUUCUCGUACUCCCUGCUGGAGAAGCUCAUUCAGUAUCUGGACCGAGCCACCAUCAACAUGAAACUGCUGAAGCCAUCGACCACGUUCAGUCGCCGCUCUUCCUUCAAGACGGCCACCCGGGACAUCAAGUUCUUCUCGAAGGUGGUGCUGCCCCUGAUGGAGAAGUACUUCUCAACGCACCGCAACUACUUCAUCGCCAUUGCCACGGCAACCAAUAAUAUUGGAGCAGCCUCACUCAAGGAGAAGGAAAUGGUGGCCUCGAUCUUCUGCAAGCUGGCCGCUCUAUUGCGUAACCGACUAAGUGCAUUUGGACCGGAUGUCCGCAUCACAGUACGGUGCCUCCAGGUCCUGGUCAAGGGCAUCGAUGCACGCACCCUGACCAAGAAUUGUCCCGAGUUUAUUCGCACCUCUAUGCUGACGUUUUUCAACCAGACGUCCGAUGACUUGGGUAACACGAUCCUUAACCUACAGGAUGGCAAGUACAGCCACCUGAGAGGCACUCACCUGAAGACCUCCACAUCGUUGGGAUAUGUAAACCAGGUGGUUUUGCCAGUACUUACUGCCAUGUUUGAUCACUUGGCAGCCUGUGACUACGGCAGCGAUUUGCUUCUCGACGAGAUCCAGGUGGCGUCCUACAAGAUCCUGGCUGCUCUAUAUCAUUUGGGUACCGAUGGCACCCUGACGCACGACAGGAAGUAUCUUAAGACCGAGAUUGAGAGGCAUAGACCCGCCCUGGGCUCCUGUUUGGGAGCUUACAGUUCCUGCUUUCCGGUGGCCUUCUUGGAGCCGCACCUCAACAAGCACAACCAGUACUCGCUGCUCAACCGCAUUGCGGAUCACUCGCUGGAGGCGCAGGACAUUAUGGUCAAGAUGGAGAGCUGUAUGCCCAAUCUAGAGACCAUUCUCGCCGAGGUCGACCAGUUUGUGGAGUCAGACAAGACGUACAACGAUGCACCGCACAUUAUUGAUGUGAUCCUGCCGCUGCUUUGCGCCUAUCUACCAUUUUGGUGGUCCCAGGGUCCGGACAACGUGAGUCCCACCAGCGGCAACCACGUGACCAUGGUCACAGCCGAUCACAUGAAUCCGUUACUGCGAAAUGUGCUUAAAAUGAUCAAGAAGAACAUCGGCAACGAUAAUGCCCCUUGGAUGACACGCAUUGCGGCCUAUACGCAGCAGAUCAUCAUCAAUACGUCGGAGGAGCUGCUCAAGGAUCCGUUCCUACCGCUGGCGGAGCGGGUUAAGAAGCGGACUGAGAACAUGCUGCACAAGGAGGACAGCAUGCGCGGAUUCAUCAAGUCGGCCACAGACGACACUUCACAGGUGGAGACGCAGCUGCAGGAGGACUGGAACCUGCUAGUUCGAGACAUAUACUCGUUCUACCCCCUGCUUAUAAAGUAUGUGGAUCUGCAGCGAAACCACUGGCUGAAGGACAACAUACCAGAGGCCGAGGAGCUCUACAACCAUGUGGCAGAGAUCUUCAAUAUCUGGUCCAAGAGCCAGUACUUCCUUAAGGAGGAGCAGAACUUCAUCUCUGCUAAUGAGAUUGACAACAUGGCCCUGAUCAUGCCAACUGCCACUAGGAGGUCGGCCAUCUCGGAAGGCGCUCCUGCCGUGGGUGGUAAAGUAAAGAAGAAGAAGAAGAACAGGGACAAGAAGCGCGACAAGGACAAGGAGGUGCAGGCCAGUCUGAUGGUGGCCUGCCUGAAGCGCCUCCUGCCCGUGGGCCUGAACCUUUUCGCGGGUCGAGAGCAGGAGCUGGUGCAGCACUGCAAGGAUCGGUAUCUGAAGAAGAUGCCCGAGUACGAUGUGAUCGAGUUCGCCCGCAACCAGUUGACCCUGCCGGAUAAGCUGGACCCCUCGGACGAGAUGUCCUGGCAGCAUUACCUUUACUCAAAGCUGGGCAAGACGGAGGAACCGGUGGACGAGCAGGCGCUGGAGAAGGCCAAUGUAAACUCCAACGAAAAGGGCAAGGACAAGACCCAGGAGACGGUGGAUCGCAUCGUGGCCAUGGCCAAGGUUCUGUUUGGCCUGCACAUGGCAGCCAGCUCCAAGAACAGAUCCAAGCGGUGGGGUUCAAAGAUCUCGGUGGCGCGUCGCCAGGCAGUCAUUUCAAGCUUACGCGCCAAGCAUCUUUAUCGCAUGAGCAGACACCGUGCCUGCAACAUCUUCGCACGAACCUACCACGAGCAGUGGCUGCAGGAGGAGAACGUGGGCCAAGAGGUGAUGGUCGAAGACCUGACCCAGACGUUCGAGGACUCUGAGAAAUCCAAGAAGGAGGGCGAGGAGACGGACAGCAAGCCUGAUCCGCUAACCCAAUUGGUUACCACCUUCUGUCGCGGCGCCAUGACGGAACGCAGCGGUGCCCUCCAGGAGGAUCUGCUCUACAUGUCCUAUGCCCAGAUCGCGGCCAAGUCCACGGGCAAAGAGGAGGAGGAGGGCGGCGACGAGGAAGGCGGUGAGGGAGGCGAAGAGGGCGAAGGCACCAGCAUCCAUGAACAAGAGAUGGAGAAGCAGAAACUGCUCUUCCACCAGGCACGUCUCUCCAAUCGUGGCGUUGCCGAAAUGGUGCUGUUGCACAUUUCCGCCUCCAAAGGUAUACCUUCGGAGAUGGUAAUGACGACACUCAAUCUCGGCAUCGCCAUUCUGCGCGGUGGCAACAUCGACAUCCAAAUGGGCAUGCUGAACCACUUGAAGGAAAAGAAGGACGUCGGCUUCUUCACGUCCAUCGCCGGACUGAUGAACUCCUGCAGUGUACUGGACCUGGACGCCUUCGAGCGAAACACCAAAGCAGAGGGUCUUGGUGUAGGUUCCGAGGGCGCCGCGGGCGAGAAGAACAUGCACGAUGCGGAGUUCACCUGUGCGCUGUUCCGGUUCAUCCAGCUGACCUGUGAGGGCCACAAUUUGGAAUGGCAAAACUAUUUGAGGACCCAGGCCGGUAACACCACCACCGUAAACGUGGUCAUCUGCACUGUGGAUUACUUGCUGCGUCUGCAAGAGUCCAUCAUGGACUUCUACUGGCACUACUCGAGCAAAGAGAUCAUCGAUCCCGCUGGAAAGGCCAACUUCUUCAAGGCCAUCGAAGUGGCCAGCCAAGUAUUCAACACGCUCACUGAGGUCAUCCAGGGUCCUUGUACCCUCAAUCAGCAGGCCUUGGCACACUCGAGGUUGUGGGAUGCAGUUGGUGGCUUCCUCUUCCUGUUCUCUCACAUGCAAGACAAACUGUCGAAGCACUCCAGCCAAGUUGAUCUGCUCAAGGAACUGCUGAAUCUACAAAAGGACAUGAUCACCAUGAUGCUUUCCAUGCUGGAGGGAAAUGUUGUUAACGGCACUAUUGGCAAACAGAUGGUGGACACCCUGGUGGAGUCCGCCAGCAAUGUGGAGCUGAUUCUCAAGUACUUCGACAUGUUCCUGAAGCUCGCCGACCUUAUUGAAUCACCAAGCUUCCACGAAGUGGAUAUGAAGAACGAGGGCUGGGUGACCCCCAAAGACUUUAGAGAAAAGAUGGAGCAAUCCAAGAACUACACACCGGAAGAAAUGGAUUUCCUUUUGGCCUGCUGCGAGCGCAACCACGAGGGCAAGAUCGAUUACCGGGCCUUCGUGGAGCACUUCCACGAACCAUCAAAGGAGAUCGGUUUCAACCUGGCUGUGCUCCUGACCAACCUCAGCGAACACAUGCCAAACGAACCACGCCUGGCGCGCUUCCUGGAGACCGCCGGCUCGGUGCUCAACUACUUUGAGCCCUUCCUGGGCCGCAUCGAGAUUCUCGGCAGCUCCAAGCGCAUCGAGCGCGUGUACUUCGAGAUCAAGGACUCGAACAUCGAGCAGUGGGAGAAGCCCCAGAUUCGCGAGUCCAAACGUGCCUUCUUCUAUUCCAUCGUCACCGAGGGCGGCGACAAGGAGAAACUAGAGGCCUUUGUGAACUUCUGUGAGGACGCCAUCUUUGAGAUGACCCACGCCUCGGGACUGAUGGCCACGGAUGAUGGCGGUGGCAAUGUGAAGCGGGAUACUGCCUAUAGUUCCUACAUGAGCGAGGAGGAGGAAGAGCGAGCUGCUCGUGAUCCCAUCCGACGCACCAUCACCGCCGUCAAAGAAGGACUCAAGUUCGGAGUGCACAUGCUUAGUCCGGCGAACAUCAAGCACCAGAUCGGCGUGAUGCAGACCAAAUCCAUACCAGAACUUAUUGUCGGCUUUUUCAAGAUCAUCUUUUAUAUAUUCUACUAUACCGGAUACGCGCACUUCUGCGUGGUGCGCUACAUAUUCGGAAUCCUACUGAACCUCAUGCGAGGACCUGCGCCGGAGCAGGAGGAGGAACCGGUGGUGGAGGAGGAAACGUUUGGAAGAGCACUGCCACCAUUGCCGCUGGAAGAACCGCCGGGCACAGUGCAAGCCUUCGGACUGGACAUCAACAAGGAGGAUAACGGCAUGUACAAGGUGGUGGUGCACGAGUCUCCAGCCAAUUCCUCGAUGGAGGAGGGCGGAGAAUCCAGUCCCGAGGACGGAACAGCUCCCAGCGGGGAAUUGGUCGAAGGUGAACCACACCAGGAGCCCAUUUCCAUUGUGGAUCUCCUGGGUGGAGAGGCUGCAAAGAAGGCGGCACAGGAGCGGCAGGAGGCGCAAAAGGCUCAGGAGGCCGCAAUGGCCUCCAUCGAGGCGGAAGCCAAGAAGUCCUCAUCUGCGCCUCAGGAGACUCCAGCCGUCCACCAGAUCGACUUCUCGCAGUACACCCAUCGCGCCGUUAGCUUCCUGGCCAGGAACUUUUACAACCUUAAGUAUGUGGCCCUGGUGCUGGCUUUCAGCAUUAACUUUAUGCUACUUUUCUACAAAGUCACCUCGUUUACCGAAGAAGCGGACAGCUCUGCCGAGGAGGAGCUCAUUCUGGGCUCCGGGUCGGGAGGGGGUGCGGACAUCACGGGCUCUGGCUUUGGCGGAUCAGGGGACGGGGGAUCGGGCGAUGGCGAAAUGGAGGACGAGAUACCGGAACUUGUGCACGUGGACGAAGACUUCUUCUACAUGGAACACGUUCUUCGCAUUGCGGCAUGCCUUCACUCACUUGUCUCUCUGGCCAUGUUGAUUGCCUACUACCAUCUGAAGGUUCCACUGGCCAUCUUCAAGCGGGAGAAGGAGAUUGCCCGCCGGCUGGAGUUCGAGGGAUUGUUCAUUGCGGAGCAGCCGGAGGAUGACGACUUCAAGUCGCACUGGGACAAGCUUGUUAUUUCUGCGAAAAGUUUCCCGGUGAACUACUGGGACAAGUUCGUGAAGAAGAAGGUGCGCCAAAAGUACAGCGAGACCUACGACUUUGACUCGAUCUCCAAUCUGCUGGGCAUGGAAAAGAGCACAUUCGCGGCUCAGGAGAGCGAGGAAACGGGCAUCUUUAAGUACAUCAUGAACAUCGACUGGCGCUAUCAGGUGUGGAAGGCUGGCGUUACCUUCACGGACAACGCCUUCCUCUACUCGCUGUGGUACUUCAGCUUCUCGGUUAUGGGUAACUUCAACAACUUCUUCUUUGCCGCCCAUCUGCUCGAUGUGGCCGUGGGUUUCAAGACCCUGCGUACCAUUCUGCAGUCUGUAACCCACAACGGCAAGCAACUGGUUCUGACCGUGAUGCUGCUCACCAUCAUAGUAUACAUCUACACUGUGAUUGCGUUCAACUUCUUCAGGAAGUUCUACAUCCAAGAGGAGGACGAGGAGGUGGACAAGAAGUGCCACGACAUGUUAACCUGCUUCGUGUUCCAUCUGUACAAGGGUGUGAGAGCGGGCGGUGGAAUAGGUGACGAGAUCGGGGAUCCGGAUGGAGACGACUACGAGGUCUAUCGCAUCAUCUUCGACAUCACGUUCUUUUUCUUCGUGAUCAUUAUCCUGCUGGCCAUUAUCCAGGGUCUGAUCAUCGACGCCUUCGGCGAGCUGCGUGACCAACUGGAGUCGGUGAAGGACAACAUGGAGUCCAACUGCUUCAUCUGCGGGAUGGGCAAGGACUUCUUUGACAUAGUACCGCACGGCUUCGACACGCACGUCCAGAAGGAGCACAACUUGGCCAACUACAUGUUCUUCCUGAUGCAUUUGAUUAACAAGCCGGACACGGAGUAUACCGGCCAGGAGACGUACGUGUGGAACAUGUACCAGCAACGCAGCUGGGACUUCUUCCCGGUGGGAGACUGCUUCCGCAAGCAAUACGAGGAUGAGCUUUCUGGCGGAGGCGGCGGCGGUUAAAAGACGAUUCGCUGCGUCUGUUUUCUGGGCACAAUCACACGGGCACUGGACGGUCCAAGGACUCUCGGGAUCCACUU